AUGCAGAGCGUACUCAUCAGGAAUGGCAUCAAUGCUUUGCAAUUCAUGCCCAAAGAGCUGAGAGCUGCGACCCCGUCACCUGUGUUGAGAGGCAUCACCACAAGCGCAUCGAGGCCCCGACGCAGGCAAAAUGCAUGCCACGACUCGCGCUCUAGACUUCGGGGUCCGCGUCCCCGCGCGGGAGGCGCAAGUCAAUCCGCUCGAGCGUGGUUCGUGGUUGGUCUCAAGGGACCUCAAAUCGCUUCUAAUGUCUCCACCCGGCGCCAUGCGAGUCGUGCCUGGAUGUGGUUGUUCCUAUUUCUCAACCCACAAGCGCCAGCCGGUCGACGGCGUCCCAAUGCUCUAUGCUCGACAGCGACUAUGGCACGUACCUGCAGCAGUGCCGGUCCCCUAAAUCGCUCGAUGACGCCGUGCAACAUCGAUCGCGACGACUGUGCUAGGGACAAAAGCGUUCGUGCGCUGACUCGGCUGAGUGAGCAGUUCGGCAACAGAUCUACUGGCACCAGAUUUGUGGUUCGGAGCUCAUGCAAGUACGACCUCAGAGGCUGGUGA